AUGGCAAAGAAGGGGGCAUCUUCGUCAAAUCCUGUAGCUACAUGGAAUGUGUACAAUAUAUCAAUAUUUUGUGAUGUUUGCAUCAAGGAGGUUGAGGCCGGACAUCGUCCGGGCACUCACUUUGACAAAGAAGGAUAUGCAAAUAUUAGAGCUAACUUCAAGAUAAACAAAGAAUAUGGAAAAUUGCGAAAAAAAGGCAUUAGUCCUGAGAUGGAGGACAAGUUAGAUAGAAUGUUCUUGAGUACAAUUGCUACCGGUGAACAUGCCUGGGCACCUUCAUCUGGAGUACUACCACCAGAGUCAAGAGAGGAAUCUGUAGGACAAAUUGAUUCAUAUGAUGAGGAAGAAACUGAAACUAUGCAGGAUCUAAGGCAAGCAAGUAGGAAGGGAAAAAAAAGAGCGGCUAACCAAGGAGAAUUGCAAAAGAAGAAGGUUGAUAAGAAAGGGAAAAAAAUUGGAGGUGCUGCAAAACUUUGUGGUCAAAUUGACCGUCUUGUUGAAGCUUGUGAAACUAGGAGUUCUGCAAACUCAUUGAUCAGGUCGCUGCAUAUAGGUAGUAGUAUUCUGGAAGUGUUAGCGGUUGUUGCACAAUUGCCUGGUUGUGAGCCACCUAGCGAGUUAUGGUUGUUUGCUACAUGUUUAUUUUGUUCUGCAGAGAAGCGAGAGGUGUUUACCACGAUACAAGAUCCUGAAGUCCAGCUGACUUGGUUGAAAUAUAUGUUCAACAAAGAACAAUAA